AAAGUGCUUUGAAACUAAAUCUCUCUGCAUGUUUUGGCUGUAGAGGGUUCUGAAAACUGUUUUGUCAUGGUGCACCCCCACUUGUCUGCUUGGCUGGCUUUAGGAUUUGCCAGAAAGGCAGCCUUCCAACGUUCCAGACAUUUCCCAGUUUCCUGCUAUAGCACCAUCUCAUCUGAUCAGAGAACUCCAUCCUUCAGCUAUGUCAUUGUGGGGGCAGGCUCAGCAGGAUGUGUGCUGGCCAACCGCUUAUCAGAAAACCCAUCUGAGUCUGUCCUCCUCUUGGAGGCAGGGCCCAAGGACUUGCUGCUUGGGUGUACUCGCCUGUCAUGGAAGAUACACAUGCCAGCAGCACUGACCUAUAACCUUUGCAAUGACAAGUACAACUGGUUCUACCACACACUACCACAGGCAGGUAUGGACAGCCGGAUCUUGUACUGGCCUCGUGGCCGUGUCUGGGGUGGCUCAUCCUCGCUCAAUGCCAUGGUCUAUAUCCGUGGGCAUGCUGAGGACUACAACCGCUGGCACAAAGAAGGUGCUGAGGGCUGGAACUAUGAGCAUUGCCUCCCAUACUUCAGGAAAGCCCAGACACAUGAAUUGGGAGCAGACCGAUACCGAGGUGACAGUGGACCCCUGCAUGUUUCCAGAGGCAAAACCAAUCACCCUCUUCACCAUGCAUUUAUCGAGGCUGCUCAACAAGCUGGCUACCCCUUCACCAAGGACAUGAAUGGGUACCAGCAGGAAGGCAUUGGCUGGAUGGAUAUGACCAUUCACAAAGGCAAGAGAUGGAGCACAGCAAGUGCAUACUUGCGCCCUGCUCUGUCUAGACACAACCUGAAGGCAGAAGUGAGAUGCCUCACCACACGGAUACUUUUUGAUGGGACUCGAGCAGUGGGAGUGGAGUACCAACAGAAUGGUCAGAUGAAGAAGGUAUUUGCUGAAAAGGAGGUCAUUGUGAGUGGUGGGGCCAUUAACUCGCCACAACUGCUUAUGUUGUCUGGGGUGGGAAAUGCUGAUGAGUUGCGCAAACUGGAAAUCCCCAUCGUGCAGCACCUCCCAGGUGUGGGAAGUAAUCUCCAGGAUCAUUUGGAGCUGUACGUCCAACAGCAGUGCAUUAAGCCUAUCACACUGUACAAUGCUCAGAAACCAUUCCACAUGGUUAAGAUCGGCCUGGAGUGGCUUCUGCGCUUCACAGGUUAUGGUGCAACAGCUCAUCUAGAGAGUGGUGGCUUUAUUCGCAGUCACCCUGGCGUCACUCAUCCCGACAUCCAGUUCCACUUCCUGCCAUCACAAGUUAUCGAUCAUGGCAGAGUCAUGCCUAAACUUGAGGCUUACCAGGUACAUGUUGGACCAAUGAGGAAUACGAGUGUUGGCUGGUUAAAACUGAAGAGCAGAAAUCCACUUGAUCACCCUUUGAUUGAACCCAAAUACCUCUCGACUGACACUGAUGUUUGGGAAUUCCGGCAGUGUGUGAAGCUGUCGCGUGAAAUCUUUGCCCAGCCAGCCUUUGAGCCGUUCCGGGGUACUGAGCUGCAGCCUGGCAUCUCUGUUUCUUCUGAUGCUGAGAUUGAUGCCUUUGUGCGUCAGAAAGCGGACAGUGCCUAUCACCCAUCCUGUACCUGCAAAAUGGGCCAAGCCACUGACCCAAUGGCUGUUGUGGACCCCGAGACACGUGUGCAUGGGCUGCAGGGACUCAGGGUAGUGGAUGCCUCAAUCAUGCCCAGUAUAGUCAGUGGCAACCUGAAUGCCCCCACCAUCAUGAUUGCUGAGAAGUCUGCCGAUAUGAUCAAGGGGCUUCCCCCACUCCGAGAUCAGGAUGUCCCUGUUUACCAACCAGCCAGUCUGGAGACGCAGAGAUGAGGGAGCCUGCUGGGGAAAAGGGGGGAGGAUGUGGAGAAAUUUGAGAGUACAUACUAGGGGACAUACUGCUGUACUGGGAUGAGGGAAUCUAAAAUGGUGUUAAAAUACUGAAAGGGGGGAAAAAAAGUUACGUCUGGACACACACUGUCAUGUGACAUGCUACAAGAUGUUUCAAGCAGAGUAGAUUUUAAAAAAAUCUAUUUUAAACUACAAAUUCUAUAUCGCUUUGACAAACUAC